GCAGCAACAUCAGCAGCACUAGCUCGGCAAGCGGGCGACACAAUGUCGUCCGGGCAAUGGUGGGACGAGAGCUGGCGUGCUCCGAGGAGGGCUUCCAGAGGCGGCAGGACGAGCGGAUGGAGCAGGUACGCCAGAUCGCGUCCCUCACCGAGCAGGUGGCGCAGCAGAACGCGGACAUCCACGCGAUGGCCACCGAGCUGACGGUGGGGAGGCUCAACAUCGCGGAGCUGCAGAAGGAGCUCGACAAGGCAAACACGCCGAAGAGGGCGCGGAAGGAGCUCGACAAGGUGCCUCAGGCGGACACCUCGAAGAAGACGCGGAAGGAGAAGUAG